UGUAAUCUGGAAGCAGGCUUUACAUCUCGCUGGUUUUACCUGAGAGGCCCGAGAAACUAGAGUGGAGAAGUGGGCUCAUCUCCAAAGGCAGAGGAGGGCAGCAGUGCAACGGCGACGGUGAGAGCUGCGCUUAAAUCUCAGCGUAGAAGAAGAAGGAAAACCAGCGACGCUGAACUCCCAAGACGAAGAAGACUGUUUGUUAUGAACUUCACAGCUAGUAGCUCGAUGGUUUUAUGACAUGUACUCCAACAAGUUUCGCCGCCUCAUGUUAGGGCUGCACUGCCUUAAAACGACCGCUGUUUGCGCCCUGGUCCAGAGGGCCGCAGGUCGAAGCGGGUUCAGCUGGACUGCGGUGUGUAAACAGCGGACACUGUGGCUGCAGAGGAGCGCCUGUCGGGAGAUAGAGCGACGUGCUGUGCUCCGUCAUAACGGCGUUCGGUCAGCCUCUCACAGCACCGUGGACCCUGAUGAACUGAGGAAGUUCCAGUCGUUGGCCAACAAGUGGUGGGAUGAACAGGGAGAAUUUGCAGCUCUUCACGCCAUGAACGACCUGAGGGUGCCUUUUAUACGGGAUAACCUGCUGAAUGUACACAGAGCGCGCCAUCCCGGGAAGCCACUCGCAGGACUGAAGAUCCUGGACGUCGGUUGUGGAGGAGGCCUGCUCACAGAGCCCCUGGGUCGUCUGGGAGCUAAAGUUUUGGGUAUAGAUCCAGUGGAAAACAGCAUUGGCACCGCCCAGCUGCAUUCGUCCUUUGACCCGGACCUAUGUGAGCGGGUGUCCUACCAAGUGUGCACCCUGGAAGAGCUCUCAGGAGGAGAGGAUGAAGGAGCGGGACACUUUGACGCUGUGGUGGCGUCUGAGGUUGUGGAACAUCUGGCUGACCUGGAAACGUUCGCCUUCUGCUGCAGCCAAGUGCUAAAGCCAGGUGGCUCACUCUUCAUCACGACUAUAAAUAAAACCAACCUGUCCUACGUGCUGGGCAUUGUUGUAGCGGAGCAGCUGCUGCGCAUCGUGCCCGACGGGACCCACGACUGGGAGAAGUUUGUCAGCCCAGUAGACCUGGAGCGCCUCCUGGAGUCUCAUGGUUUCUCGGUGCAGUCUGUCAAAGGAAUGCUGUACAACCCCCUGUCGGGAGCCUGGAGCUGGACCGACAGCACUGCCAUCAACUACGCCCUCCACGCCGUCAAACUGAGAAAACAGGCUGAGGACAGCAGCCUCCACCCAGAGGACCACACCAUAGAAACUCGCAGCUGAGCCACGCCACUUGAGAAAAAAUCCAGAAAUGAGAAAUAAUAACUCAGACGCGAGCGGCCCUGAGAUCCUGUCGGCCAGCUGUGACGCAGCACAUGAGACUGAGUUUAUUCAAGGAAAGGGACAAACUGCCUGCAGAUAGAAUUAGAGAUGUGCUGCAUUUGGCAGACCUAUUGAUGCUGUGCUGUGCUGUGCUGCGUGAGUGCUGAAUACAUGUCUUGUGUUUGAUAAGCUGUGUAAAGCAACGGCGCAUCCUUUAAUUGUGUAAUCAUUUUCAGCAUAUGCUGUCCUGCAUUAGUGUGGUGUUUGAGGCUGAAUAGUGAAAGGUUUGCAACAUCCUCCAUUAAAACUGACCUCACAUCAGUUUGAUUUCUCAAGAAUGAAA